UAACUCACAGGCUUCAAGCUGCCCUUAUAAAGUCGUUCCACUUGUGCACACUUCCUCAUACUGCUAGUUUCUCUGUGAAGAUGAAGCUGCUUGUUUACUUAGUCUUGCUGAAGACAGCUCUCCUCACUUUAACAAAUGUCUUUGCAGUUAUUUUAGAAGAUGAAGAGGAUGCUAAAGAAGGAAAACUUACUGAGACUUGUCCUAUAAAGCUCAAAACUAAUCGGAAAUGUGAUGGAGGAGAGGAUUGUCCUUAUCAGAUAAAUCUGCCUCCGAUGACCAUCCAGUUACCCAAAGAAUUCAGACUGCUUGAGAAGACUCUCAAAGAAGUACAGACCCUCAAAGAAGCAGUAAACAAGCUGAAGAAAUGCUGCCAGCUGCAGGCAGAUGACAACCAAGAGAGAGACAGUAGUAAUGAAUUCCAGCUACCUAAUGCAGAAACUCCAGCAGAAACGAGCACAAUCCAAGAUAACAGAGUAAAGGACCUGCAAAGCAAAGUUAACAGAAUGGCAACCAGCUUGAAAAAUGCAAAGAGCCAGAUUCAGACACUGCAGGGUCGUUUAGAGAAGAUGAGCCUCAUAAAUAUGAACAAUGUAGAACAUUAUGUUGACAGCAAAGUUGCUAAUUUGACAUUUGUUGUGAACAGCCUUGAUAACAAAUGUUCUUCUAAAUGUCCAGCAAUGCAACCAAGACCCGUUAUACAAAUAAUGCAGAGAGACUGUGCUGAUCAUUACACAGCAGGCAGAAGGAGUAACGGACUCUACAGGAUUAGCCCUGACCCCAGAAAUGAUAGCUUUGAAGUUUACUGUGACAUGCGAACACAUGGAGGCGGCUGGACAGUGCUGCAACGGCGUCAGGAUGGUAGCACUAACUUUAACAGAACCUGGAAUGACUACAAAAAUGGCUUUGGAAACCUCAGCAGGGAGUUUUGGCUGGGGAAUGACAAAAUUCACCUCCUGACAAAGAGCCAGGAAAUGCAGCUAAGAAUUGAACUUGAAGAUUUUAAUGGUAUCAGGGAGUACGCGAAAUAUGAACACUUCUAUGUGGCCAACGAAUAUCUAAAGUACCGUCUAAGCGUUCACGGCUACAGCGGCACAGCAGGAGAUGCCCUUCACUACAGCAAGCAUUACAACCACGAUCAAAAGUUCUUCACAACUCCAGACAAGGACAAUGAUCGGUAUCCAUCAGGAAACUGUGGGGCAUACUACAGCUCUGGCUGGUGGUUUGAUGCGUGCUUGUCUGCCAACCUCAAUGGCAAGUACUACCACAAGAAAUACAAAGGUGUUCGCAAUGGCAUUUUCUGGGGUACAUGGCAUGGUAUUUCUGAUGAUAUUCCCAGUGGAUAUAGGCAAGCCUUUAAAUCAGUAAAAAUCAUGAUCAGACCCAAAAGUUUUGUGCAGUAAUUCUACACUUUUCUCUUAACUAGUCUGCAUUGGAUUGCACUCAAAAUCUUACUUACUCAGUAUUAUACUCAGAACUCAAUUAUUCAGUUAUGUUUGGCAUAAAAUAGUUCUAGACAAAACAUACUUCCACAUAAAUUUUUAGAGAUGGUUUGACCCAUAUAAUGUAUUAAAGCCAGCAUAAAUGUUUCUGAAUAGUUAUAGCUAAAACAUAAUAGAGGUUGAGUCUUGGUAUUGUUAUGUAAAUAUUCUAAACAUUGCUUUUGGUACUUUUACUGACUGUGACAUACCAGAGAAUUUAAAACUUACAAAUGUCUUCCACAAAUUGUGUCUGAAUGAACACCUCCAUUUUAACCUGAAAAUAACGCAGAGGUAUAACUGAUAAUCUGUCAACACUUAGAAGGAAAAUUAGUCUUUCUAAAACAUCCUGACUUUGUAGAUCAUUUGUCCCUCACAACUUCAAAGGUAUACCAAGGCAAUAUCAAGUGAAGUUAGGAAAAGUACUACAAGUUAUUAUUUUUAAAGGUCUAGGAAAGAGAGAGCCACACAGUUUGCCCAAAGACACAAAAAAAGCCUUGAAGAAAACUUACGAAAUGAAGAUGAAUCCUCAAAUCUUAUCCCCUUUGUCAAAGAUUAUUCAAAGAAGUUGGUGAAGGAAUUUAAUAAAAGCAAGUGGAAAUAAUGUAGACAGCAUGUAAUGAAAGACAGUAUUUCUUGCUCAUUUUGGUGGUUCUGUUCAAGCUGAAGGUCCUGUUUGUUGUUUAUGGGAGAAAGGACAUAUUACAUAGCUUAUUGCACAUUUAUGCAGCCAAGUAGACAGGUAGGAAGGACACACAUCAAGAAGAAUUCCUGUCUUUGUAUUAAUGCCUCUAAAUACAUACAAGAAGCAUUUACAGUGCCAUUUUUCUUUCUUGUCAAUCUUUCAAGUAAGCCAGAUGUUACAAGAUGAUUCUUGUAGAGACUCAAGCUCUCAUUUAAGUACAUCUCACUCUAGGUACCAUUAGACCUUAAAAUUAUAAGAUUAUUUAUUUCGCAAGAUAGAAAAAGACUGUGUUCUCCCCAUUUUCUAAGUACCACAAAAACAUGAACUGGCAAGUAUGAACAGAAAAGAGUCUGUGAAAUACUUUUUUCCUCUAAAAUGUAACAAAUGAAACAAUAAAAUUUUUAAAUACUUCAAGAAGUGCAAAUUAGAGAUAUUACUAUUAAAGCUCAUGUUGUAGACAGCAAGCACAGAUUUGACUACAUGUAUCUAUUGCCUCACCUACAAAGGACAUGGCUCUGUAAUCACAGCGACUAACAUUCUGAGUGGAGAUGCAGCUUACCUCAGCAAGAGGCUGGUUUACUAUGUUCCUUAUGCCAGUCCUGAGACACACAUAAACUAUACUGACUGUAUUUCUUCACCAGUUAAAGUGUGGUCUUUGCUGGCAUAACCAUUUUGAUUAAGAGACAUGCCAAAAAAAAAGUAUACACCUGACCUAAUACUUUACAAAUAUGACCUUUACUGGUUUUUUUUAAGAUGAUAAUGAAGAACUAUUAUGGUUACAAGUUAUGCAAAUGAGCAACAGUGGCAAUUGCUAAAUUGUAAAAUAUUAAUAUAUAUUUUAAGGAAGUAAAUACUUUGAAGGCUAUUUCAGUGUGAAGUGUAAUUUGGUUUAUUUUAUUCCAAUUUUAAAGAGUAAUGGAAAAUUCUAAUUGCAAGAUGUAUAAUCUUUGAGAAUGUGUUUUGAAGUUAUAGAAUAUUUAUUUUGGGAUAAAAAAGGAUUGUCUAAACAACAAAAAAAAAAACCUUAUGACGUAUUGGUUAGAAAAGUAAAUAACUGCUUGCAUAUGAUUCAUUUAAUCCUUUUUCAUGAAAUGCACAAUUUGCUCUUAUUCAUGGUAACUAGCUCAGUAUAACUUACAGUAUCUACAAGCUUCUACUUGAAAAUGUCUUUUUCCUGCUAAGUUGUUAGAAGAGAAACUGUCCUUUUGUUAUCCUGUUUAAAGGAAACUUUGUAAAACACAGAAAUUUUAUCAGAAUAAGCAAAUAUGACUAAUAUCACCUAUAAAAGCCUUGUCUGAUGUCUUUAAAAAAA